GAAACUCCAUUGUGCAUAAGUAAAGUUAGUCAGAUGGAGCUGGUAAUGACCAUCAUUGUGCUAAGCAUUUUCUUCUCUGGUUUGCUUCCACACUGUUCUGGUUCUCUGCAACUUCCGUUAAUGAAACCUCCUCUUCAAUAUCAAGUAAAUUCACACUACCUCUCUCUCCCACAAAUAUUCCCAAGGAAGCUUAUGAACACUGAACGACAGAUUAAAGAACAUGAUGAAGAAUCUACACAUGGUGCGUCGAAACAGAAUGACAAAGAAAACCUUUCAGGGAAGGAACAAGAAAAAGAGCAGAAGAUGAAGGUGGUAAGGAAGAAGAAGAAGAAGAACAAGGGGACAAGGCAAGAAUGGGUGGAAGGGGAGGACCCUUCACAGUACAUGACAAUGGAUUAUAGCAGAGUGAGAAGAAGACGACCAAUACACAACAAGAACAUACCUGUAGCUCCGUGAAACAUGGGAGCUAUUGACCAUUUUAGAUUUUGCACUAUACCCCCCAAAACUAAAUCAACUAGCUAGUUCUUUUCUUGUUUUGGACACACAGUUUUGUAUUGGCCCCUGAAUUUGCGUGUCUUGUAAUUAGGUACCUUGUGCUACGAGUUAUAUGUAGUCUCUGUCCUCAUCCUCUAUUGUGUUGUGGCCGACACAAGGAGGGACCAGAAACCCUAAAGUUUAGGUCACUCUGUAACCAUUUUCCCCUUGAUUUUAUUUUAUUUUUUUGUCUCUAUGUUUAAUUAUCCCUUAUUAUUUGCAUUUCUGAUGGACAUGUAUGUAAUUUAUGUAUAUCUUA